AUGAUUAGAGAAGCAAAGUUAAUAAUUUGGGAUGAAGCACCAAUGUCCAAAAAAACAGCAAUUGAAGCAUUGGAUGAUUUGUUAAAAGACCUCAUGGAUUCAACACAAAUUUUUGGGGGAAAAAUUGUUGUCCUUGGAGGAGAUUUUAGACAGACACUUCCAGUAGUUCGAAAAGGAGCAAAAAGUCAAGUGAUAAAUGCCUGUCUAAUCAAUUCUCUAAUAUGGGACAAACUUGAGAAACUAAACUUAAGUGAAAAUAUGAGAACAAGAUUAGACCCCGCAUUUAUAGAGUUCCUAUUAAAGAUUGGAGAUGGGACAAUUGACACAGAAGCUAAUGAUUUAGUGAAAAUUCCACCUUCUAUCUUAGUUUCUUACACUAAUGAAUCUGAUGCACUUCAAAAACUGAUCCAAAUGGUGUAUCCUGAAAUCACCAAUGGAUCACAAAUCUCAUCUUCUUUCUUAAACAGGGCAAUACUAACAAUGCAAAAUCUAUUUGUUGAUGAGAUAAAUAAUGCUCUCAUAGAUAGAUAUCCAGGAGAAGCAGUUGAAUACUUGAGUUAUGACGAGACAUUAAAUGAAAAUCACCAGGCUGAAUAUAUCGACUUGCUAUACAUUGACUCCAAGUUUUUUACUGCCACACAGAUUAGUUUUGAAACCAAAUGCACCAAUAAUACUCCUAAGAAAUCUUGA